AUGUCGUCGGCCGCGCCCCCCGCCGUGCGCCGCGACUUGCUCCUGUACGUCAACGACCAGCGCCUCCAACUUGCCGCGACGGCCGUGCGGCCCGAGCAGACGCUGCUCCAGUUCCUGCGUCAGGACCUGCAGCUCACUGGGACGAAACUCGGCUGUGGCGAAGGCGGCUGCGGGGCGUGUACGGUCAUGGUCUCCAAGUUCCACGUCCCGUCUGGACGCGUGCGGCACGUGUCGGUGAACGCAUGUUUGACGCCCCUGUGCGCGAUGGACUUGUGCGCCGUCACGACUGUAGAGGGCGUGGGCGCGACCACCGGCAUGGGGCACGACGCGACGGGGCUGCACCCCGUGCAGAAGGCGCUGGCCCAGUCGCACGCCUCGCAGUGUGGCUACUGCACGCCUGGCUUUGUCAUGGCGCUCUACACUAUGGUCAAGCAGCGAGAGACGGGGGACGAGCUCACGAUGGCCGACAUUGAGCACGACUUGGACGGCAAUUUGUGUCGCUGUACUGGCUAUCGACCGAUUCUUGAUGCGGCCAAGAGCUUUGGCGACGAUGCACGGGCAGACCCGUGCAAAGGCACGUGUCCUGGUUGCCCGAACGCUGCGGGGCGCGGCAAGGGAGAAGUCGAGAUGGAAGAUCUCUGUGGCACGUUGCCGCAGGAGGUGACGAGCUGCUCGUCUCGCAAGAUUCAAGAGCUUCGUCGGCAGCGCGAACAAGGCGAGAGCGAAGCGGAUGAUGCGAAGAACGAGCAGAAAGCGCAGACGGGGUCGAUGUUUCCGACUGAAUUGGUUGAGAAGGCGAGAACGCCGCAGGUGUUGCAAAUUGACGGCGGCCAGAUCAAGUGGUUUGCACCCGUGACGCUGGCCCACUUGCUGGAAAUCAAGAGUCAGCAUCCGGAUGCAAAGGUUUCAGUUGGCAACACUGAAAUGGGGAUCGAAACGAAGUUUAAAGGCUGUGUGUAUAAGCACUUGAUCAAUGUUAGUCGCAUCCCGGAAUUUGAAGCCACGGAGACCGUGACGUCGACCGAUCAUAUCAACCAGACAGUUUUCGCUGACACUGAACCAUUUGAGGGCGUCAAGUUUGGCGCAGCUGUGACUCUGACAGACGUGAAACAACAGUUGUCAAAACUGAUCAAGGUCUUGCCACCGUAUCAAACGCGAGCGUUUGAGGCGAUCGUACAGAUGCUCGAGUGGUUUGCGAGCACACACAUCCGAAAUGUGGCGUGUAUGGCGGGAAACCUCGUCACAGCUAGUCCAAUCUCAGACAUGAACCCUUUGCUUGCAGCAAUGAACGCUUACAUUGAACUACAGUCAACGAGAGGAGCAAGAUUUGCCCGAGUGCGCGAUUUUUUUCUAUCGUACCGCAAGGUUGGAAUGGACCCGGACGAGGUGAUCACGAGCGUAUACGUGCCUUUCACGAAGAAGUGGGAGUAUGUGCUUCCGUUCAAGCAGGCUCGUCGUCGCGAGGAUGACAUCAGCAUUGUGACCGCGGGGAUUCGUGUGAGACUAGAGUGUUCACAACAGAGUGGAGGAUGGAUCAUCCAAGAGGCUUCGGCCGUGUACGGCGGUAUGGCACCGAUCACAAAGGCAGCAGCUGAAGCGGAAAGGUUUCUCGUCGGCAAGCCGUUUGAUGCGUCCACAUUCGAUGAGGCGUGCGACGCAUUACUUCGGAGUGAUUUUGAGCUGCCUGACGGUGUACCGGGCGGAAUGGCGAAGUAUAGGGAGAGUUUGUGCUCAUCAUUCUUGUACAAGUUCUUCCUAGCGUCGUCGCAGCGUCUUCAGCUCGAUUUACAGACAUCAAUGGAUACUGAUCUAGUGCGCGCUGGAGCGCCUGUUAUCGACGGAAACUUGCAGUCUGCAGGCGUAUCAUUUCUGCAUCAAGCUCGCCCGAUUUCUCAUGGAUCUCAAAGCUUUGGGGCAGAAAUCGGUGGGCUUCAGGACUCAAAGCACCAACCAGUAGGUGAUGAAACGACAAAGCGUGGGCCAGUCGGGGAUCCACUCAUGCACAAGUCGGCGUAUUUACAAGUGAGCGGUGAAGCGCUGUAUACAGACGAUAUUCCAAGCACGCCAGGAACGCUUCAUGGUGCUUUGGUUUUGUCUACGUGCGCUCACGGUCUAAUUAAAAGCAUCGAUGCAAGUGAGGCGCUUGCCAUGGAUGGUGUGCAUCGUUUCUUCGAUGCAUCAAUUUUCGAGACCGAGAAGCUUGGUUUAAACAAAAUCGGUCCUGUCGUAAAAGAUGAGGAAUGUUUUGCGUCAAAAGAAGUAGUCUGUACGGGCCAACCCGUCGGCAUCAUCAUCGCAGACUCGCACGCGCUUGCAAUGAAAGCUGUCGACAGAGUGAAAGUUGUCUACGAAGUCUUGCCUUCCAUCAUGACGAUACAAGACGCCAUCCGCGAGAAGUCGUUCAUUCUUCCAGUGCAUACUAUUGACAGCGGGAACGUGGAGAAAGGACUGGCGGAAUCCGACAUUGUGCUUGAAGGCGAGGUGCACAUGGGGGGCCAAGAGCAGUUUUACUUCGAGACCAACGUUUCGGUCUGCACUCCCAAAGAGGGUGGGAUGGAGAUUGUGUCCUCGACACAAGCCGCAUCACACGUGCAAGAGAUAGCAGCGAGUGUGCUGGGUAUCAACUCGAAUCGCAUUACGAGCACGACCAAGCGUCUCGGUGGGGGGUUUGGAGGCAAAGAGACUCGAUCAUCAUUCGUUACAUGUGCCGCUGCUAUUGCUGCCUAUGUGAUGAAGCGUCCGGUAAAGUGCAUGCUGGAACGCCACGUAGACAUGCUCACUACAGGGGGUCGUCACCCGUUUUUCACGAGAUACAAGGUUGGUAUCAAGCGUGACGGAACCAUCUUGGCGCUGAACGCGGAUUUAUGCAGCAACGCGGGCUACUCCAUGGAUCUUUCACUGGCAGUGAUGGAUCGUGCGCUUUUCCAUUGCGAUAACGUGUACAGCAUUCCAAACUUCCGCUGUAGUGGCACCGUCUGCCGGACCAACCUACCCACAAAUACCGCUUUCCGUGGUUUUGGCGGGCCACAAGGUAUGUUUGUCGCGGAAACGUACAUUGACCACAUAGCACGUACUUUGAAGAUCCCUUCCGAAGAGGUCCAGUUCCGCAAUAUGUAUCGUGAGGGCCAAAGAACGCACUUCGGUCAGGCGCUUGAGGAUUUUAAUCUGCGGACGCUAUGUCAUCACCUGAUUGAUCGCAGUAACUUUGAAUCGAAGAAAGCGGAGGUUGAGGCAUUCAACAAGAACAAUCGUUGGAAAAAGCGCGGCGUGUCGCUCAUGCCGUCGAAGUUCGGUAUCGCUUUUACUGUCCAAUUUAUGAACCAAGGCGGCUCUUUGGUACAUGUGUAUGCAGAUGGUAGUGUGCUGGUAUCUCAUGGUGGUGUCGAAAUGGGCCAGGGUCUUCACACGAAAAUAAUCCAGGUCGCAGCAUUAGCCUUUGGCAUUCCACACGAGCAGAUACACAUUGAAGACACGUCGACAGAUAAGGUUCCGAACACACAAUCGACCGCGGCUUCCAUGAGCACCGAUUUAUAUGGAAUGGCGACGCUAGACGCAUGUGAGCAGAUACUUGCACGCCUCGCACCCAUACGCGAGCGCCUAGGCCCGGACGCGUCAUUUUCUGAUGUCACACAUGCCGCCUACAUGGCACGCGUUAACAUGUCGGCCCAAGGAUUCUAUAUCGUUGCAAAUGAGCGUUGUGAAUACGACUUCACAAAGUCGGUGGCUGAAAACAGCGCGAUCAGUACGCCAUUCAACUACUUCACAACGGGCGUAGCCUGCACCGUGGUGGAGCUAGAUGUACUCACCGGAGACUUCCACAUGCUGAGCGUCGACAUCUUGAUGGACCUCGGUGCCAGCAUCAAUCCCGCCAUUGACAUUGGUCAAAUCGAAGGCGCGUUCAUGCAGGGGUUCGGUCUGUUUGCGCUGGAGGAGCUGGUGUGGGGCGAUGAUGCACAUCCGUGGGUGAAACGAGGCAACCUGUUCACGCGAGGUCCCGGCGCGUAUAAGAUCCCAAGUGCCAACGACGUGCCACUUGAGUUCCAUGUUUGGCUCGAGUCGAACCGGAAGAAUAAGUUUGCGGUGCAUUCAAGCAAGGCAGUUGGAGAGCCCCCGCUUUCCUUGGGGUCCAGCGCUUUUUUUGCCGUGAAAGAGGCAAUUUACGCGGCCAGAGCAGACGCUGGUCAUCACGGGUACUUUGAGCUGCACAGCCCUGUGACACCCGAACGAGCUCGCAUGGCAUGCGUAGACGAGAUGCUGCAGAAAGUUUUCACGGCACGAGGAGGUGAUAUGAUUGCUUACCAACCUAGUGGGAGUGUCUGA